AUGUAUGCGAUGUGGAGGCUGCAAGUCGCCUUAUGUACUCUGUCGGUGCUGUCCCUGUCAUCUGCUGGAGAAAGCAAAGCGCGGAGCUGUAGCGAGGCACGGCAAGCUUAUACCGCUAAAGGAUUCAGCCUCGUCAAUGUGCCUCAUCAGGAAAUAUCAGGUGAGCACCUGCGUGUAUGUCCUCAGGGAUACACCUGCUGCACAUCUGAGAUGGAGGACAAACUCCACCAGCAGAGCAAACUGGAGUUUGAGAACUUGGUCAAGAACAGCAGCCACAACAUGAGGACGACGUUUGUCUCCAGGCAUAAAAAGUUUGAUGAGUUUUUCUUGGAGCUGCUGGACAAUUCUGAGAAGUCUCUCAACAGUAUGUUCACACGGACGUACGGGAAGUUGUACAUGCAGAACUCUGAGGUGUUCCAGGAUCUGUUCACUGAGCUCAAGCGCUACUACACGGGGGGCAACGUCAACCUGGAGGAGAUGCUCAAUGACUUCUGGUCCAGGCUGCUGGAGCGCAUGUUCCAGUUACUCAACUCCCAGUACCACUUCACAGACGACUACCUGGAGUGCGUCAGUAAAUACACAGAUCAGCUGAAGCCCUUUGGAGAUGUGCCCAGGAGGCUGAAGGCCCAGGUCACCAGGGCCUUCAUCGCUGCACGGACAUUUGUCCAGGGGCUAAUGGUGGGCCGGGAGGUUGCCAACAGGGUCGCCAAGGUGAAUGUAUUGCCAGCUUGUGUCAGAGCCUUGACCAAGAUGCUUUACUGUCCAUACUGCCGCGGCAUGCCUGGGCUGAAACCCUGUCACAACUACUGCCACAACGUGAUGAGGGGCUGUCUAGCUAACCAGGCAGACCUAGAUGCUGAAUGGAACCUCUUCAUUGAUGCCAUGUUACUGGUGGCAGACAGACUGGAGGGACCCUUCAACAUUGAAGCUGUUAUCGAGCCGGUCGACAUCAAGAUCUCUGAUGCCAUCAUGACCAUGCAGGACAACAGCAUGCAAGUGUCAGCCAAGGUUUUCCAAGGGUGUGGCCAGCCAAAACAAUCAGGAGUUGGCAGAUCUGCACGCGGCAUCUCAGAUGUGUUCAGUGGUCGCUUCAGACCCUACACUCCUGAAGAGAGGCCAACCACAGCAGCCGGAACAAGCCUGGAUAGACUGAGGGUUGUGUGGAGGACAAUGCAACACAGCGUGAUUGACAUCAAAGAGAGGUUAAAGGAGUCCAAGAAGUUUUGGUCCAACCUGCCUGAUGACAUCUGUGCCAAGGGCAAGCUGACAGAGUCUGACGAGGAUCAGUGCUGGAACAGCCACACGAAGGGCAGAUAUUUUCCUGAAGUCGUGGGGGAGGGUCUUACCAACCAGGUGAGCAACCCAGAGGUGGAUGUGGACAUCACCAGGCCGGACACACUGAUACGACAGCAGAUCAUGGCGCUACGUGUCAUGACCAACAAGCUAAAGAACGCCUACAACGGCAAUGACAUCUACUUCCAAGACUCAAGUGAUGAAGGCAGUACUUCUGGCAGUGGCAGCGGCUGCUCUGAUGGCUGCACAACAGAGUUUGUUUUUGUUGGAACAGAGGCUCCUGUGAUUGGAGCCGACAGAAGCGAUGAACGCGCAGCAGCAGCGGCGGCAGGAAAGUCCUUUUCCAGCGCACCCUCCCUAGUGCUGGUGGUGGCCGCCCUCACACUCCCACUGGGGGCAAUGCAGACUCAAUGGAGAUAAUACACGAGUGUGGCCUGAUCACUGACUUUUCUACUGUUACAUACAGUAUGUUUAACAGCAAGUUCUACUGCUGUUCCCUCACUGGACAUGUAGAACCUUCUGGAAACCUGUGGAGAGUGGCUUAUUGUGGUGUGGUAGAACAGGAAGUGAGUGCAGCGCAGCAUCCUGCUUGUCCCCCAAAGAAUGCUUGGUGCCGUCACUGAACCAGCUUUCACAUCUGUUAAAAAAAGAAAACGUGGGGUUUUCUCAUUAUUCUAAAGUGCGUUUUAAAUAACAUACUUCUAAAACACAACAGCUCUGAUAUUUCAGAUCAAGGGACAUUUAUUUUUAUUUUUUCCUUUUGUAUGAUGAAGUUGUGACAACAAGACAACACCCAAUUUGUCCUAUUAGUCUUUUCCCCCUCAAACAAAUGGAGAAAGUCUAACUGUGUGCAUGCAUGGAAAUGAUGUUAACUGACAAAAACAUGUUUUGUUUUAUUUAUGCAGGCUACACAGUUUGGGCUUGGUUGGUACAGGAUUGUACAGAGCUAGCAGUUCACCUGGUUUCCUGUUUGGUUAUAUCAGUGUGACUUCAGGGAGCAGCAGUUCUUACAGCCACUUUAUAGUUGCACAUUUGAUUAAUUCUUGAAAGUGCUAAUGUAUUGCACAGAGAGAACUACUUAGCACAGAUUAUUUUUCUCGGCUUCAUACGUUUAUAAGCUACAGGAAACAUCCAUCCCAUAGAGACAGAAGACCUAUAUUUUCAGAUCAUUUAACUGAUUGUAUUGUACUUAUACACAGUUGCAGUGUGUAUUUCAUUGGAAGGUACUGUAAUGUAAUCUUGCUGGUUUAGUUAAAAGCUCAAUUAUAUUUGUUUUAACGAGUUAUUGGAUCACCUGAACAAUUUAAAAAUAAACAGGAAAGUUAUUGUGAGCCAUUAUACAACAAUUGCCUGCUAACGCUAUACAGUUACCUGAUUUACUCUCUUCUGUUUGGGUACUUGACAUACACCUACAAAGUUCAGAUAUUAUUUUAAUUCUCAGAGAACUCAAACGUGUGUUCGUGAUAUUAGGUAUAUUCUAAGGAUAUUUUCACUUAUUUCUUGUCUCCAUUGCUUUAUUAUUUAUUAUAAGGAUUAAUGUUAAUUCUUUAUAUAACAUAUAUGUUACAAAUUGUAACCACACUCCUGUAAGCUCAGCCCUCUGACAGGCCCUGGCGGUUCACACACUCUCAUAUUAUAGUGCACCACGCUGAAAUGUGCAUGUUCUUGUUCGACCACUGAAACGGAUCCACCAAUAUAGAAGCAGGUUAUAGAAGUGGUCAGGGUUUUUUUUUAAAGCAUUUACAAAGUCAGCAACUCUAAACGAAAUAGGGCGCCAAGGUUAGAGCGCUCUGUAUCUUAGAACUAGGGUUACUAUUCAUAACCUCUAUUCAUCUCCUAUGGCUUGACCUCUAACUGGCUCUGUAGAUGCACUCCAAUAACACAACACUAUGGCCUUGACCUCAGGUCACACGGAAAAUGUGGUUCCAGACAUGUAGAAGUUAUACAAACAAACAAAAAAAGGGAUAUUUGUUCAAUCAUAAAUGUUUAGAACAGCCAUCGUAGUGCUGGAGUGUGCCUUGGAGGAUUGAAACCCAUCAGCCCAUAAGCACCUAAAAUCCUUUCACAUAGCUAAUAAGUAAGUUUCUUGUCUCAACAUGGGGCUUCCACAAACCCACAGCUGCAAUGAACAGCUGCUCUGAGCAUCUCAAUGAGACUGAACAUUUCACAAAGCAUACUAAAGCACGCAUGGGACACGAGUGAAAACAGCAUCAAGAUCUGAAAAAGAUAUCUGAUGUUCUUAGACACAAAUUACAUGAAAUGCAGUACUUCUCCUUCAAAUGAGAAACAACAAGACGGGACUGAUGUCCACAUUUCUAAAGUUUGCAGCAGCAGCAUGGUUGUCUUCACACACACACACUUCACGGCACCUGAGAGAAAAUCCCCCCUCAGUGGUUUCACAUGACUCACAAAAGACACCCCGACACCACAGGAAGCUCCCACUGCAGAAUAGAUGGAAAAUAUGUUGACCUCCCUUGCCUUACUCCCUGCUGAAACAGCCUCAGGAGAAGGUGACUGAACAGCAGCCUCCUACCAAAACCAGCAUGAUUAUUAAAUUACUGGUGCGUAAACCUUAAUGUGCACGGCGACAGGCCUCUCUCCAAGCAACGCCCGAGGAAAGACAACACUAAAGGAAAAGAUAGAAAAUGCAUUUUAAUUUGUUUUUAUGCUCAAACUGUAUUUAAUUUGUCUAUAUAAAAUUCAUAUUGGACAGGCAACAAAUGUAAACCAACGUGAAAUAUUACUUAAAUAGUAUUUACUUCAGGCUGAGUUGAAAGGUCAGUGUAAAGAUAAAAAAAUGAUAUUGAAACAAAUUGGGGAAUAUAUUAUGACAAACAUAAAGCACUUGCACCCAAUUUAUAAUAUCAACAGGACAUUAGUGGAGAGAAACAUGAAUGAAUUUGCUAUUUAUUUUUCAAAUGUUCUGGUGAUUCAGUUACAUUUGAAAACGUUCCCUUUCAGAAGGGCUAGUAUAAAAAUAACAUUAGAGACAUCACUACCAAAAUAUUAUUACCGUUGUGCAGAUGUGACAUAUCAGCAGUAAUGAUAAAGAUACAAAAGUAAGUAAUUAUCCAAAUGAAUAUACAGUGAAGGUAACACGUUGCUGGUUCAGGUCAGCAUCGCAACAGUGCCACUGAAGGGGGAGGUCAACUUCGUCUCAUUGUUUAUCUUAUUGGUCCCAAAGUCUUUCAGUCACAAUGUGAAUGUGGAUGUUAUAAAAUACAGCAUUUUUAAGAUCUGGGUCUGUAAAUCCAUUCUGUUUGGACGAACAAUCACAUGCAGAUGUCAGUGCAUACAUGAGGGGUGACAGAGAAAGCCUGUUGAGCACCUUAGAGGUAAAACAUGUGUAUAAAACAGAACCAGGGGUGUAUGGGAAACAAAAAAUAUAACAACAGUUUACCAACCUCCCAAAAUCUACUUUUUGGAUAUUUUGGAUUGCUCGUGUGUCCUCUGCCGGAUCAUCUUUGCAUGAGCACAGAGAGUGGCCACCGUACUCAGACAGAAGUGGCAGUAAACAGAUCCUGAUCUGAACUCACUUAGUGGGUCAGACAGAUGGGAGGCAGUUAGACGGGAUGGACAUCCAGCAGUAACUAUUUAUAAUGUGCUAAAUAUUCAAUAAAGAAACUUGCUAGUGGGCAGGAUGUGCAGCAACAGUUUUCCUGAUCUGGAUGUAUCUGCCCAGGAGUGCAGUCCUGGAUAGCAGCAGAUAAAAGAGCUUUCAUUUAAAAAUGAUGCUCUGUUACAUGGAGUCGAACUGAUGAUUCAAUUUCAGCUUCAGGCGUUUAGAGUUCUCAGAGAAUUCAGCUACACUUUAUUUUAUAAAUUUAACAGAAAUAGAUUUUUUGUCAGCACAUUUAUUGUCAAGUAUCACAUUUCCAUGUCAAGUGUCAUAUUGUUUCCCUUACAUUUACAAUCAUUCUGUCAGUAACAGAUUUGAAUUCAGAUGAUUGUUAUCCUUCAGAGAUGUUGUAAUUGAUUAAAUAAAUAUACAGCACACGACAGGAAGAGAAAAAGUUUGAUUAGAAGUGAGGGUUAGCAGGUUACAUAUUACAUAUUACGUAUACAUUCAGUUUUCAAGUAUUAAAAACACUUUGUGGAGGCAGAUAUUUCUGAGUCAGGGUCAGCAGUGAGACAGAAACUUAACAACUAUGUUUUCUAAAGUGUAAGAAACUCAGUAACCAUCUGCAGCCACACAAAGGUUGAAUGCACCCAUGAGAGAACUCCCCAAGAUCUUUGAUUGCAACAACAGUUUUUGGAUGAGUGAGGAUAAGGCAGGUCUUUAAUGGUGUUCCCGAAAAACAGGAAAGAAAGUGAAUCGAGAAAACACUCUUUCACAAGUGAGCUGAAUUUUCCAAAGAGCUUGUAUCAGUACAAACAACCCUCUUCUCUCAUUACAUCGAGAGAAAUGUUUGCCAUUUUCACUGCCUUGUGUUCUCCUCUCUCUCUCUCCUGACAAGGCAGACAUUCAGUAUCAUCGUCUGAGAUGCUUCAAUGCUUAGCUCAAUUUGUCUGGGAGCUUUUUCUGUUUGUUUUGUUGUUUUGUUUGUCUGUUCAUUCUCUUUGGCAUUUGAAAAACGGAAAAAAAAGUAAAUUGUGGUUGGCUGAGGUUUUUUACAGAAAACGUGUUAUGCAAGGUCUUUUCCAUUUGAUGUUAAUCGUUUGCUGCACUUUUGCUAAAACAUAUGCUGUGAGUGUGGUACUGUUGUGAUUUGCAAAAUCAGAUAACUAAGGAGCACAUUACGAAUUUUGGAGCUGUCAGUGCACGCUGUUUGAAGUGUUUUGGGGGAACUGAAGUUGAUGGUUAUACAAGCAGACAUGCCUUACCAUUUUUAAAAGACUAAAAUGGAUUGCUUAUUUGGCUUUUGUUACACAUUCUUGUAUACAGAAAAUAAUACAAAUGUAAUAAUAAACCUUUUAUUAAUAAAAUACUUUAUAUUGUG